AACAAAGUUUGCCUAGAGAGAAGCUCCCGCAUGGUCAUCAAGUCUCCCUCAAUAUCAUCAGACACUAACAAAGAUUAGUCCAAGACCCGCCAUGGCCACUCCGCUCAACCUCACCUCCAACGUCUUCUUCUUCAUCUUCACUGCCGCCCUCCUCUACAUCGCGUACACCAUCCCGGGCCUCCAUCCCCCGCCGGCACCCCACAGGCAGACCUCCCUUGUCUUCUACGUCCACGACUACUUCAGUGGCGAGGGUGACGCCACUGCCACCACUGUCGCGGGGUCCUCCGGGGCCGCGUCCAGCAUCCUCCAGUUUGGCACCAUCGCAGCCGUCGAUGACCCCGUGACGGAGGGCCCCUCCCCCGAGUCGAGGGAGAUCGGUCGGGCCCAGGGAAUUUACGUGAACUCGCAGCUCAAUGGGAAGGCGCUCCACAUGGUGUUCUCGGUGAUCUUCACUGACGGGGAGUACAAGGGCAGCACACUUGAGAUUCAGGGGGCCGACGUGUUCGGGAUGAAGGAGAGGGAGUUCAGCGUCGUCUCGGGGACGGGAUACUUCCGGUUUGUUAAGGGCUAUGGUGUUAUGGAGACUGAGUUCAUGGACUUGGCCAAUUUGAGGGGCAUCUUGAAGCUUAAUGUAACAGUCAAGCAUUAUUAAUACAGAUAUUUGUAUGCUUCGAUUUAUGGUCUGUAAAGAGGUUAUUUUCAAUAUUUUUCCGCAAACAUAAUGCAUAAAAUGUUCUAAGAAAUUAUUCGUAAGAUGAAAUCGAUUCCGAGUUCA